UACAGCCCCGAUCAUUUAAGCGCGUUUUUGAAUUUUGAAAAUUACUUGUGAAACGGUGAAACAGCGGUUUAGGAAAAGCGCUAUCAUUUAGAUCGAUACAACCGACAGGCGAAACACCGGAAUCAAGCUGCAAUAUGGGGCUUUCGCGUGUUGAACGGGUUAUACCCGGAACACGUUGGCUCCGAGGUUACACCGGACAGUUCGUUGUGGCCGAUCUCAUCGCAGGCGUUACGGUGGGACUGACAGUGCUUCCACAAGGAUUGGCGUACGCGACAUUGGCCGGAUUGGAACCGCAGUACGGUCUUUAUUCCGCAUUCAUCGGUGGCGUAGUGUAUGCCCUGUUGGGUGGAUGCCGUGAAGUGACCAUUGGACCAACCGCGCUGCUAUCGCUCAUGACCAGCCGUCAUACGGGGUACGGUGGUGAUUCAGGACCUCAGCUUGCGAUCCUGCUCUGCUUUCUAUCGGGAGUUGUAGAGCUUUUGAUGGCCGUUCUCCGGCUGGGAGCACUUGUCGAUUUGAUCUCCUUACCGGUGACAGUGGGAUUUACUUCGGCCACGGCCCUUAUUAUCGGUGCGUCACAACUUAAGGCGUUGUUGGGCAUCCGGGGAGGUUCCGGAUCGGGUUUCGCGAGUACCGUGCGUACCGUCAUUGAAAGGAUUCAAGAGGCGCGAGUUGCUGACAGCAUCCUUGGUGUGACUUCAAUUGCGGUGCUGCUAGCGUUAAGGAAAUUAAAGGACUUCAAAACGCCUCCUGACGCAACGCGAAGUCGUAAGACGAUCGGACUCGUCUGCUGGUUGGUAGCAACGGCAAGGAACGCACUCGUCGUGCUUGUGACCAGUUUCAUAGCAUUCUAUUUCGACCAGCACGGGAAGCGUCCGUUUAUCCUGACUGGUACGGUUAAGAGUGGCAUACCGGACUUUCAGAUGCCGCCGUUUAGCACCGUGUUUCCUACCGGUGGUGGACCAAACGGGACCAGUCCAGUUCCCGUCGGCUUCACCGGAAUGCUCGAGGAACUCGGCGCAUCAAUUGCACUUGUUCCGAUUAUUGCGGUGCUCGGUAACGUGGCUAUCUCGAAGGCGUUUGGUGGCAGCGGAAUCAACCCAACUCGCGAGCUGGUGGCCCUGUCAUUGAGCAACAUUUGUGGUUCGUUCUUCAGCUCGUUUCCGGUGACGGGAUCGUUUUCACGCAGUGCUGUGAACCAUGCCAGUGGCGUGAAAACGCCCAUCGGUGGAAUCUACACGGGUGCGCUGGUAUUGUUGGCACUGGGUGUCCUGACACCAUACUUCCAGUAUAUUCCAAAAGCCGCCCUUAGCGCGGUCAUCAUAUCGGCAGUCAUAUUCAUGAUCGAGUACGAAGUCAUUCGACCACUGUGGCGCUGCAACAAGCGAGAAUUAAUACCGGGUGCGGUAACAUUCGUAUUGAGUCUUAUCCUCGGUGUGGAGUUGGGACUGUUGGCCGGAGUGUUGACAGAUCUAGCGUUUGUCGUGUAUCGAACUGCUCGCCCAAUGCUGACGGUUACCGUGGCGAGCACGGCCCUCGGUACGCAGUAUAUAUUGAUCCGUCCAAACCAUAGCCUCAUUUACUUCCCAGCUGUCGAGUGGGUUCGAAACGUAACGUCGAAAGCGAUCAAACAGCAUGGGAACAUACCAGUAGUGUUUGACUGUAGAUUAGUGAAUGAAUUCGAUUAUACUGCUGCAACGGGAUUGCAAAUGUUACGUCAGGAGCUGGAGAAGAAGAAAAUUCCACUAAUCAUUUAUGGAUCCUCCAAUGACGUUCGAAAGCUUUUACAAGAAACGCUAAAGAGUAGUCUGCUGGAGGUGACCAACGAUGACGAACUGGAGAUACUGUUGCAAGAAAUCUCCACCCCCGAGGGAGGUAAGCAUGAGCUGCGUGAGGUCGUUACGCCGCUCCUAGCGCCUGAACGUACGCCUCCCAUUGCCGAAACUGCAGAAGAACCUUAAAUGGAUCCUUUGUGUUCGAACGAUGUCUUUUUGUGUUUUGUGUGUGUUUUCACUAAUAUUUAAUGUAUGUUUAAGUAUUACGGAGUAAAUCCUUCAUUGUGCAUGCCAAGUACACUUCAUCGGGUGUUCACUAUCACAUUUGUGUGUUAAAUGGUGAGGAUUAUGUUUCUUUCUGUAUAUUCUAUCUCGUCGGUCGUUAUAGGUGUACGACAUCAAAAAAUCAA